AUUGACACAAUGGAGGAUUUUACUUCCUUUAAGAUGAUGAACAUACCAAUAUGCGUCGUCAUGAUGGCUGUGCACGUCUGUAAUGCAAAUAUAAACAUUACCGGAGGAGAAAGACUUUAUUUCGCGUACACAGAUAAGCUGUCUGUUACAUGCACCAACAAUGUGGAUGCUAUCGUGGAGUUUAUAAAAAGCGGGAGUCAGCUUACAUCAUGCGUACUAAGUAGCGGUUGUAGUAUUAGUGACCCAAGACUUACCGUUGAAUAUAAUAGUACUGUGCCAUCAGAAAGGAAGUACCUUUUGGAAACGGUCAGCCAUUUUACAACGGAUCUGUGUGGUUCAUAUGAAUGUGUUGAUGUAGAAAAGGGCGUACCGAUACUGUCAAUGUUUUCUUGAAAGAUUUUGAUAACGAUUUCUACUUUGCUGAAGAAAAGGAAAACGAGUUGUCAAGUUCAACUGCAUGUGUUUUCCUCGCCGAUCUGGAAGUAACGUGGUACACAGUUGACAACGAAACUUUGGAAGAGAUGUCUGUUGAAGAUUUGAAAAGGUAUAACAGUUUGAUCAGAAGCACAUCGUGUUCUAACGUAACCUGUGAUAUGUCGCAGGAACAAAGUUUUACUUUUGGACUUAAUUUUAGCGAAACAAGUGUAUCCCUUUUAUUCGUCGAGGCAAAAAUCGUUCACCCGAUGUUUACAUAUAAGCUGCUUGUCUGGAGGUCUUCAAAGCAGUAUCCAGUUGGGUUGGCGCAAUCAGCAGCAAGAAGUUUUGCUGGGUGGAAAAUAGGUGUUAUUGCCGUCUUGAUAUGUUUAGGCAUUGGAGGCAUUGUAGGCAUCAUAUGCUGUAUAUAUAAGUAUAAGAAGAAUAAAGAGCAGGAGGAAGAGGAGGAGGAGAAGAAAAUAGAGGAGGAGAAGAAGAAGGAGGAGCCUGAGAAGAAGGAGAAGGAGGAGGAGGAGGAGAAUAAGAAGAGGAUGACGAGGGAGGAGGAGAAGAAGAGGGAGGAGAAGAAAAAGGAGGAGGAGCAAAAUCGUGUAUCCUCUAUCAGUUUUCACUCCGAUUUAAGAGAUAAUACAUUGUAUCAUCGGUUGCGUCGGCUAUGUACACACGGAUGCGAAACAGUGGCUCCAGCUCUUUUAGGAGCUGUGUAUAAAAAGGAGCCAAUGACACUUCCGAGCUAGAGCAAAAGAACGGAUAUCAUCGUAAAACGUUAGUAUGACUCGUUAUUUUAUCUAAUAUCACAAUUAUGAGGGCUUAUUUGAGAGAUCGGGGAAUGCAGUGCCAUACAAAUAUCUUUAAUCUUCACACGUAUUUGGGUUAUUUUGUAAACAUAUUGUUUAUGGAAUUAUUAAACCGAUUCUCCCAUCAAACACAUCAAUGUUUACAAACGAAAGUAGAACAUUUUCACCAAUUUUCAGCUGAAUUUCACUCAAGAAGCUUACAUUUAAGAAAAAGCCAGUAUUAUCGAGUGCUUUUAUUUUGUCGGGAAUAAAAAUGACCGCCCGAUUACCGGAAUAAGCAUGUUUAUACACCUUUUCUGGGUUGAGCUGGAGCCAAAGCCAGGGAGCUGGAGCCAAAGCGUGGAGGCUGAGCCAAUACGCUUUAUAAUAAUGCACUAAACUCGACAUAUUUGGAAUAGUUGCAGUCUUGUAUUUAUAACUAGUAUUAAGAUAGUGAUGUAUGUUUUUGAAUAUAUAAUUAUUUAUGAUUAUUUAAUGCAAUUCAUCUGAUAAUGGGCGUUGCAAUCUCAGACAUGUCGAUGGAGCUAAACAAUCCUUUCACAACAUCUGUAUAAUUAUAUGGUUACUGUUUCUUGAACAGUCUUCUAACUCCAAUCAGAUUCCAAAAUAAAUGAA